CUCCAAUGGGAAGUGCCGCUGCUCCCUUCUCACGUGAACGGGGGCUCCUCCGGCCAAGGGCGCUGAAACCCGCUGAGUGGGAAGAAGAGGCGUCGCUGCUGUUGCUGCUGCUCCAGCUCCAGCCCGUAGUAGGAAAGGGGGCGAGCGGAGGGUCGCAACAAGCCUCGGAAGCGAACGGGCGGCCCAGCCUGGGAAGCUCUCGGCAAGGCGUGGGGGGACCCACUUGGAGCCAAGCCCGCACGGCGACGGGCGCCAGGCGUCAUGUCCAUGGAGGACCCCUUCUUUGUGGUGAAAGGGGAAGUUCAAAAGGCAGUAAAUACUGCUCAGGGGCUGUUCCAGAGAUGGACAGAACUCCUACAAGAUCCGUCAACAGCUACAAGAGAAGAAAUCGACUGGACCACAAAUGAGCUAAGGAACAACUUAAGGAGUAUUGAGUGGGAUCUUGAAGAUUUAGAUGAAACAAUUAGCAUUGUUGAAGCAAAUCCUCGGAAAUUCAACCUUGAUGCCACAGAACUAGGUGUGAGAAAAGCCUUCAUCACAAGCACUCGGCAAGUGGUCAGGGAUAUGAAGGAUCAAAUGUCAAAUACGUCUGUUCAAGCACUGGCUGAAAAGAAAAACAGGCAGGUGCUUCUGGGAGAAAGUAGAACUCACAGCUGGAGCUCUGGGGCGGAUAAAUACAGCCGCUUGGAUCGAGAACUGCAGUCUGCAAAUUCACACUUCAUUGAAGAUCAGCAAGCACAGCAGCAGUUAAUCAUUGAUCAGCAGGAUGAACAGUUGGAGCUGGUCUCUGGCAGUAUUGGAGUACUAAAGAAUAUGUCCCAACGCAUUGGAGGGGAAUUGGAUGAACAAGCUGUCAUGUUGGACGACUUCUCUCAUGAGGUGGACAGCACUCAGUCUCGAUUAGAUAAUGUUAUGAAGAAACUUGCAAAAGUAUCCCAUAUGACUAGUGAUCGAAGACAGUGGUGUGCAAUUAUCAUCCUCCUUGUUAUCCUCGUGGUGGUGCUUAUUCUGUUUUUUGUCCUGUGAUAGUUUGGGGCUCGGAUUCUUUUAUGGGCUCCUUUUGUGCAGACAUCUUAGCACUGUUCCUGUCCACCAGAGAAAACUCUUUAUCAAAAACACUCUAUGAGAGUUUGAUACUGUGUUCUGCUGUGGAUGGCUCUCAGUGACAUAACUCUCUGUCCUCAUGGUUCUCCUUCUCAUGAUCCUCAUUAUCUUGCUCAAGGAAGAAAUGGACCAUUCACACACACACACAUACAAAAAAAAAUACUGUUUACACUGGAGUUGUUCCCCUGGGCUGAAACAUUGGACUCUGCCAAUGCUCUACUAUGGGACAGGUGGUUUAGACUGGAAGAAACCACUGUGUGAUCAUUUCCAUCAUGUCGCAGAUAUAAGCCACCAGAUGCCUUUUGUCUGCUUAUCAUAACAGGACUCUUGCUAAUGUUAAACAAGCAUAUGUAUGUGUGUGGAUUCACACAACAAGCAGAUCUUGCAGAAAUGAUUCUAUCGCCUACAAGAUUCCUUUCACCGGUCUUUUACACUGCCAAGCCUGCCAAAUAAUCAUGGAUUUGUAAAGGAGGAAAACAGCCAGUAAGAGCAGCCACUGAACUCAUACUGUGAAUAUUUGUUUUCCUCCAGAACAGAAUUGUGCACUUGAAAAUGUCAAGGGUACGUGGUUCUGUACCCACUGUUGUAAGGCUAACUAAUGUUAAAUAGAACAAUAGAAAGUUACACACAGAAAGCUGCAGGCCUGAAUCUAAACUAAAGUCGGUCUGAAAGCAGGGGAAAUGGCAAAUAGAGUCAUAGCAAGUCUGGGCAUUGGACUGGAAUUCAGUUUUGCUUCAGGGAGGCAGACUGGCCCUAACAGGCUAAUACAGGCCGUAAGCAAAAUAUGUGCAUGUUCGUGUUGUACAUCAGACAGCUGUAGUGACUCUACUUUUCAGACCUGUAAUCUCAGUUUUACUGCAGUGUAGACAAAGACAAAGUCAGUAGGCAUACUGUGGUUGCUAAAAUCUUGUGAUUUUGUGGCUUUGAUUAUCAGUUUUCUGAAAAGAGAAUUUUAUAUUUGAGUUCUGCUAAUUUAAGAGAUGCUUCUGCUGGAUAGAUGUCAAGAUUUAAAUGCAGGAAUGGGAAAUGUCAAUCUGCCUCUUCCUUCUGUCCUGUGUUUACAUCUUGGGAAGAAUAUGGACUCUCCUAGAAUAGAUGCACAAGCACACAAGGAAACAAAAUUCUUAAACAAAUCCUUUAAUGUUUUCAGUACUUAAAAGUGUGCAGCAAAAUGCCCUCCAAAAGAAUAUUGAAACAUUCCUGUCCUUUUAUGAUAAAAUAAUUUUGCCAUUAUUUUACUAUUUUGAUAGUUUGGGGAAAUUAACUGCAGACUAAUAAAUAGAUUAGGAUCAUGGUUGCUCCUGGAUCUUACCUCUGGACAUUUUCCCACUAAGGCCUGGUAACAGAGGAAGCUCCAUUUCCCUUGAUCCUGUCAUAAUGUGGUUUACUUGAACUCUACAAGAUUAUAACUUACUUUCUAAAAUGUAUUUCGCAUGAAAUUUUGGGUUGUUCUGUCCAGACAUCACGGUGACAAAAAAACGGGAAUAUUUUGGAUGGUAAUGUGUGUGUUUUUUUGUUAACUUGGAAGUGUGGUAAGCCUGCCUUUUUGCUCUUAAUGCUUUCCUUGUACAUAUUCUGCUGGGAGUAGAGAUUUUGGAUUUCCACCAAAGCUCCUUCAAGCAUUAAUAUGUCUCAUUUGGACUCCUUUUCUAUUAAGAAGCCCCAUGCUAAAAGUUGUUAAGGCCCAGCACAAUGAUUGCUGUCAAAAGCUCAGUUUCAUUUGCACCCAGUUCCCUACCAUGAAUGAGAUUCAGAUAUUGAAUUUCUAUUAUUACAUCUGUAAGAUUUUAAUUAGCUGAAGAUUUUUAUCUCAACACGUAGAGCCUGUAGGUUCUUGUUUCUCUGUUCUGAUCUGUUGUUGUGUUAGGCUAAUUAGCAAGGGCCACUUGUAUGAAGUUUUGCUGAUUACAUUUCUAAAAGAAC